AUGAAAAUUCUUUUUCUGCUGGUUAUCGCUUGGACAGCCAUAAAUUUAGUCGAAAGCCAUUUGACAAUUGGCGUAAAUGAUGAUCCAGUUCCGGAGCACAAUAAUGCCGGUCUGUGGAGUGUUCUCUAUGCCAAGAUAAAUAUAUUGCUGAAUGAGACGACGGUGUUGCGGGAAAAUAUUGCCGAGCUGAGAGAGAGACAAAAUGACCAGGAGUCCAAUGUGGCCACGAUGUUGGAAAACUUCAAAGAAGAGACCAAUAAAUUAAUGGAGACCAGUAUCAAUAAUCUGAAACGAAAAUAUGAACAGGACGAGGAUCGUUUUAUAGCAUUCGUGGAUAAUAUGUCUGCCGAAACCAAAGUUUAUCUGGAAAAUGGUUUCAAGGAAUUACAAGAAAGACAGGAUCUUCAAGAGGAGAAAAUUGGAAAAUUAAUAGAAUCCGUAGUCUUGAAUGGCAAACAAACGAUUGAGGAAACCCAGGAACAAAUACAAAAAAGCCUCAAUGAUCAGGAAGUCCGAUUCACUACUCUAAUGAAUUCAAUAUCCAAGGAAUCCCAAAAAUAUAUGGAAACACAUUUAGAAGAACUAAGACAAAGACAAGAGCUGAGCGAGGAACGUGUCCUGCAACACGUUGAGAAUACUUCUUCGAAUGCCCAACAAUUUCUGGAAAAGGGUUUCGAUGACAUGAAUAGAAGACAGGAUCAGCAAGAGGAGCAAAUAGGCACAUUAAUCGAAUCACUGACUCAAAGGACCCAACAAUCUGUGGAUCAGACAUUGGAUAUUCUGCAACAGAGACUAGCCGAACAAGAAGUUCGCAUUGCCCAUUUAAUGGAUUCCUUGAGGAUGGAUUCUAAAGAAUAUAUGGAAAAGGGUUUGGAGGAAUUGGGUCAAAGAUUAAUUGUGCAGGAAGAUCGAAUUGCUGGUACCCUUGAAAAUAUUACUGCCGAAGCCCAGAAAUCCCUCGAACAGGGUCUUGAAGGAGUUAAACAAGGCUAUUCCAAAUUAGAAGAUAGACAAAACCUGCAACAUAACCUUAGUUUGAAAAUUUUGGAAAACACCGCCCCUAAACCCUAUUCCUUUGGAGAAACUCCUGAUAUACUUUCCCUUAAUCAACAUCGCGAAUGGACAACAAUAUCCCGUCGCCUGGAUGGUUCAGUGGCCUUUGAUCUUGGCUGGGAAAAUUAUAAAAAUGGUUUCGGAAAUCCAAAUGGUGAAUUUUUCAUAGGCCUCGAACAGUUGCAUGCCCUGACGAAUUAUGGUGCCACCCAAGAAUUGUUGGUCAUUCUGCGUGAUUAUCAAAAUCAAACACGUUAUGCCAAAUAUGAUAUAUUCCGGGUGGGAAGUGAAUUGAAACGUUAUGCCAUUACCGAAUUGGGUAGCUAUAGUGGAGAUGCGGGUGAUUCGUUGAGAGCACAUGCCGGUGCACCAUUUAUUACCAAGGAUAAUAAUGAUGGUAGCUUCCCCGUGGAGCGGGGUGGUGGUUGGUGGCGUUCGGUGCAAUCUAUGUGUGACCUGCAUUCGUAUUAUCAACCGGUUGACAAUGUAUAUGGUAUCUUCUGGGGCACAUGGAAUGGCUGGAAAUAUACCUUGAAAUCAGCGGAGAUGAUGAUACGUUCCAAGCGAUAG